AUGACACCCAGUAGCCUCAGAAUCCUGUCGUCAAAUGUACGUGGAUUCAGAACGAAUGUCGGCGAGUUGACCCACGCAGCUCUCAAGAACAAGGCUGACAUAGUGGUGGCCGUCGAGACGUUCCUGAAUGACAGCUGCGUCACAACAUGCGACAGGAUACCUGGCUAUACUCACUGGGUGCGGAGGGACAGAACAGCCGGGCAAGGCGGUGGUAUAGCUUUGUGCCACCGUGAAGGUCUACAGCUGCAGCUAUUGCCCGUCACAGUUCCUGAGGAGAUGGAAAUGCUAUUUUUCCGCCUUCUCCUCGCUGACAGGACUGCUGUGCUGCUCUGCCCUCUGUACCGCCCCCAAUGGCAACAAGGCGCCCCACUCUCCUUCCUCACGGACCAACUGGACACAAUCAUGGCCACCCACAGCUGUCAGAAUACCAUUAUUGUGGGGGAUUUAAACCAGCACCUGGUGAACCGAGCCUACACAGAGCUCAUAACGGUCCACGGGCUCACCAACCACGUGACUUUCUCCACGCACGCGCGUGGUGCCUCCUUCGACCCUGUCCUGACCGAUCUGCCGGCAGACUCUGUGCAGUGCUACCAACUUGACAAGGUUGGUAGCUCUGACCACAAUGCGGUCCUCUGUGAAGUUGGUCUUAACCCAGCAAGUGAGGAAGGAAGCCAGCGCACCAUCUGGCUAUGGGAGAAGGCUAACUGGCGGGGGCUCAGGGCAGAGUUAGCCUCCACCAACUGGGAAUCCACGUUCACAGAUGACAUGAACCACAACGUGGCAACCCUCACCUCCCUUAUCAUAUCAGCACAAGCCAGGCACGUCCCUCACAGGGCAUAUAGAGUCGAUCCACGAGACCAGCCGUGGUUCGGCUACAGGUGCCGGCAAGCUGCUGAUGCCAAGUACAAGGCCUGGACUCGUCUGAAGCGUCGUCCCUCCAGGCGCCACAAGGCCCAGCACCGCGCUGCUUGCAAAAACAUGGCGAGAGUGGCUACAUGGGCGAGGCAGAGGUGGGAGUUAAGUCUACGGAGGAAGCUUGCCAGUAACCAAACUGAUCCCAAGCAAUGGUGGUCCCUUGUGAAGCAGCGGCAGGGCACAGUCACACAGGAGAGGAUCCCGCCCUAA